AUGUCUGAUACAGCUCACGAAUCAAAUGGUGCUGCAGAAGCCUUAGUGCAGCAGCAGCAGCAGCAGCAACAGCAGCAACAGCAGCAGCAACAACAAGAAUCCUCAUCUUCUUCCUCAUCCUCAUCAUCAGUAGCAACACCAGGAGCAGAUACAACAACAUCAUCAACAACAGCAACAAACACCAACAACAACAGCAGCAGCAACAGUAGUGGUUCAACACCUGAACAACAACAACAACCAUCAUCAUCAUCAGCAGCACCAACACCAUCAGCAGCAACAACAACAACAACAGCAGCAGCAGCAGCAACAGGAGGAGGAGGAGGAGAAAAAAUAAUUCCUCCUGUAGAGAUAAAAUUAUUUAUAGGACGUGUACCUCAAUCAAUUGAAGAAGAAAAUUUAAAACCAAUCUUUCAAGAAUAUGGUGAUGUAAGAGAAGUUAUUAUUAUUAGAGAUAAAAAUACUAAUAAACAUAAAAAUAGUGCAUUCGUUAAAAUGGCUUCAAUAACAGCAGCAGAUAAUGCAAUUCGUGCACUACAUAACAGUCGUGUCUUGGAGUCCGCCAUGGGGCCAAUGACGGUUAAGUAUGCAACAGGAGAGGCAGAGAGACUAGGUCUUAAUCCACAGGCAUGCGAGCCUGGUGUACCUCAAGCAAAAUUAUUUGUUGGUAGUUUACCUCGUACAUUAAAGGACGAAGAAUUAAAGAAUUUCUUUCUUAAUUAUGGCACGGUAGAGGAAGUAUUCCUAAUGAAGGAUUCAGCUACAGGACAAGGACGUGGCUGCGCAUUUGUUAAAAUGUCCCAUAAAGAGGAAGCUUUUUAUGCAAUUAAUUCCUUAAAUGUAAAUGCAUCAAUGGGUCAUGGUGGUGGUCGUAUGUCUGGUGGUAUAGCAAUGGGUACUGCAGCAGGAGGGGGCCCCCGUGGUAUGUUAGGGGGCCCCCCUAAUACAAUGGGAGGGGGGGCCCCCCCCCCUCAUCAUAUUGGUGGUGGUGGUAUGAGGGUCCUAUCAUCAUCUUCUCCGUCUCUUUCAGGUGUAUCCCCAUUAACAAAUGCUACAGGAGCAGCAGCAGGACCAGCAGCAACUGCAGCAUCUGCAGCAGCAGCAGCAGCAGCAGCAGCAGCAGCAGCUAAUAAUAAUCAUAACCCAAGACAAGCAGGGCACUGGAAGGAAUAUUUCUCCUCAGAAGGGAGGCCCUAUUACCAUAACGAAUUAACAGGUAUAACUACAUGGGAGAGGCCCCUUGAAUUCUUACAGGGGGCCCCACCUGUGGGGCCCCCUGUAGGUGCAGGGGCCCCACAAAAUCCUGGAUAUGCUGCUGCAGCACAUCAUCAUCAUAAUAUUAAUCCUUAUGCUGCAAGCAUGCAGCACGGACAGCAGCAAGGAGCUGCAGGAGACGAUCCCAAUGCUGCAGGAGGAAGGGAUCAAAGUGGUCCACCUGGUGCGAAUAUAUUUGUAUUCCAUGUACCUAAUGAAUGGACAUCAUUAGAUUUAUUGAAUUCUUUUAGCCAAUUUGGUCUAAUUAUAUCCGCAAGAGUAGCAAUAGAUAGACAAUCAGGAAGAAAUAAGGGUUAUGGGUUUGUAUCUUAUGAUACACCAGAAGCAGCAGCAGCAGCAGUUGCUGCUAUGAAUGGAUUCCUUGCUGCAGGUAAAAGAUUAAAAGUUACUAUUAAGAAAGGGGAGGAACAGCAUGCAAUUAGAUCUUCUCCUGCUGCUGCUGCUGCUGCUGCUUAUGGUAACCCGGCUGCUGCAGCCGGCGUUGGUGCUGCUGCAGCUGGUGGCGUUGGUGCUGCUGCACAGAUGGGGGGCAUGCAGCAGCAGCAGCAACAGCAGCAAGCUGCUGCUGUUGCUGCAGGCAGGGCAGAUAAUACACAAUGGGCACAUAAUAGUGCUUAUGGUGUACAGACACCUGCUAAUAGCUAUGCUGCACAUAAUAGUGCAUAUCCUGCUGCUGCUGCACCACCGCAGCAGCAAAGAUUUGCUCCCUACUAA